AUGGCAUCUGCUGCUGGAUCUGGUGAUGACCCGGCAUAUGAGCAGAUGAGUUUUCUUCAUGAUGAUCUUCAGGGAAGAGUGUCAGUGGGGAUUACAGAGGAAACGAAUCCGUUUUCCGGAGAGCGCUGGGACGAUGAUGAGGGUUCGAGACAGCGUGGAACUCGGAGGAGUGGGGAUUUGACCCCCGAACAGCAGGCGGUGGAUUUGCUGGUGAGCGCUGAAGCCGCCGAGGCAGCUGAGCCGGAUUACGACUUCGCAUCAGCUGAAGGAGGCAACGGAUCUCCUGAACAGGGCGAGGGCACUGUCCCUGUUGAUCGAAGUCAGUUGAUUGCGCUGGAUGGGGCUGUACCCAGGGGAAGCGAACGUGUUGGUUUGACCAGUGUGGGAGCUGCAGCUCCUCGGGAUGAGGGAUCUCUUGGUCGCCUUGGUGAAAGAGGCGGAAGACAACCACAUGCUCAGUACCCUGUGCAGGGCCAGUACGCGUGGUCAGGCAGGAGUGCCCGACCGGCAGCAUCUGAUUCAGCGCGGACGGAUGUUCUGGAAGCAUUGGUUCAACAGUUGAUGGAGCAGAAUGAGCAUCUGAGAAACGAGGUAGCGGAAGCCCGAUCUAGGACUUUUCAGCCUCCAUGGACCAGCUUUGCGGGGGGGGAGCACAGCAGUGUACCGGUGAUGCCGGCAGAGGGCCCAGGCGAUCAGUUGCUGGCGGCCACGAGGGCUCUUCAGAGUCUGACAUUGCGGGAGACUCCUGAUGUGCAAGUUGUCGGGCAGCUUCCACUGAAUGCGGACGUCAGUUCGAGUGGUAUUGGCCGUGAGGAGGUUGAAAGUACUGUGGAUGAGACAGGAGCCGUAGUCAUUAAUUCUGAGUCCCCGAAGUACUUCGCAAUGCAGGUCCCGGAGCAUAGGCUUCCAUCAGGUCAAUGCCUCACCGGCGACACCAGGUGGAACUCGCCUGCCAGCGGGACCUCCACCCGAUUCACCUGGCCCGCAAGCAGGCCCCAGCUGGAAACCGUAGAAGAGUUUGCAAGGACAGUGCUUUCAGAGUUGGAGUUGUUGUCGGUAGCGAUGCCAGACACCGUGGGAAAGCCGAGCAGCCGACAGCCCCAACUGCAGAUGGGAAGCCUGGUGCAGGAGCAAAGCCAGGCAAAUGUUGGUCAUGUGGGGGCUCAUGAGCAGGAUAUGCCCGUUGUGGAUGUGAAGCUUGCCUUUGGUGGAUGCCAGCUUCUAGUGAACCCUCAGGGAACAUUGCUCAGCAAGACACAUGUCUCGCCUAUUUUGUCAGUGAGGGCAUUGCUGGCACUUGGUUUUAAGAUUGAGUGGGAUUCCCUUAAGUGUCGGAUUUGGCACCCGAACAGGGGUGAGUUGGAUCUUGAUUCGAGCUCUGGUUGCCCAGAGGUGUCUGAGCAGGAGGCAUUGGCGUUGAUCAAGGAAUACGAGUCCUUGGUGGAGCGCAACGAACACCGGAGCGCCAGGUUGCAUUGCAUCAUGAGGGAUCUUGAAACCUUAAGCCAAGAGGACUUAGCAGAUCUCAUAGUGCAGCGGGAUUCACAUGCUGAUGCGGCAAUGCAGACUCUGUUGACGAAGGUGUUUCCCAGUGUCGACCGUGAGCUGCUAUCCCAAGCUGCAGUGUCUCUGCAAGAUCAAGAGGGAGAGUCGUUUGCUUGGAACAGGCGAAUGAGGCGUAGAUGUGAUCAGGCAAGCGGGAUUCUAGUUCACCUCUUUAGCUCUGGGUGUAAGCGUGCCUUUGAAGGGUUGGCGGAUCGGAGCAAGCUUGCGUUGCUCACUGUUGAGAGGCCUGAGAACCUCCUGUCGGAUAGCACGUUCCGAUACUUGCUUCAACAGGCGUCUAAAGGGCGAGUCAGGGGUAUCGUUGGAGCUUUGCCGUAUCGUACGUUUGCAUGGAGUAGGUAUCUCAAAGAAGGGGGCGAGCAAUUUCACCGACCGCUCAGGCUCAGAGGGGAAAGCUUGGGUGAUUAUGGGAUCCAAGACUUGAAUUGUCGGGAACAGGCACAGCGCAGAAUGGAUGAUUUGCUCAUUCUUCGGAUAAUGGUUCUGACUGUAGUGUCCACGGCGGCAAACCGCGCUAGGCAACAGGAGGAGCCGUCUUUGGUGUUUGAGAAUCCGGAGGACCCUCAGGAGGAUCUUCGGGGUGGAUACCCGAUGCAGAGCCUGAACCCUCCUGAGUCUGGGUUUGCAUCGAUCUGGGCGGUGCCAGAGUGGGAAGCGUUGGAGAAGUUUGCGGGGUUGCAUAGGGUGUCCUUCCAUCAGGGCGUAAUAGGAGACACUCCGGAGGUUUCUGGUGGUAACCUUGGAAGCCAGCAGAACUGGGCAGGAUGGUCUCCGGGCCUGCAGUGUGCCAUAGGAAACAUGUUAUGGCGAGCGUUUCAAGAGCUUACAGCAGGACCUGAGUUCAAGGUGAAGACGGUAGAUGCAGGUUUCUUGGAGCACUUGAAGAAUAAUCAUACUCCGUAUCGGCGCGACUGUAAGUACUGCGUUCAGGGAGGCGCACGCCAGAGGCAACACAGGAAAGUCUUAGCACCUCAAGGGUGGACUCUUAGUGUGGACACUACGGGACCGUUUCCUUUGGGUUUGGAUGAGGGGACUAACAAGGCUAAGUACCUGUUGGUAGGAGUAUUGUCUGUGCCGAUCUUGUCCGCAAAUGGAAGUGCGGUAGAUGAACCAGCAGAUAGAGACCCUUUGAUUACGGUGGAAAGUUUUGCUAAAGGAUUAGAGGACCGCGAGUGGUUCGUGAAUCGGGGGGUCGAGCUUGAAGAUCCGCUGCCGGAGCCUUCGCAGAGGGAACUCAAGGAAGCCAAGGAAUCUUGGAAUAGCUGGGAAAAGGUGGUCAGGGCCAGCCGCGAGGAUUGGCUCCGGGAAGCAAAGUCCGAGUAUCUUCCAAAGGUUGAGAUGGUAGAUGUGCUGUUUACGGAGGCAGUAGAAUCUAAGAGGCAACAGGAGGUUACUGCAGCGGUAAGCCGCAUGUACGCAAAGGCCAUCAGUGAUGGGUAUGAUGUAAGGCGAGUGCAUACGGACCGCGGACGGGAGUUUAACAAUGCGGCGCUUAAGGCAUUUUGCAGUAGAUUUGCAUUGCAUCAAACCUUCGCAUUAGCAGAGGAGCACCAGACCAAUGGCAGGGCCGAAGGAGCGAUACUGCGGAUCAAAAGCAAAACUCGUGCCAUACUUCAUGCAGCAGGGCAAGAUGACUUGAAGGAAUGGCCGCUGGCAGCCAAACUAGCAGCGCAUCAGUUGCGAGGUAUUGCAAGGGCGCGUCUGAAGCUUCCUGCGGAGCCAACAUUGCCCUUCAACACCAAGGCUCAGGUUUUGCAGAGGAGUUUCCAGGCCACCCGACGGUGCGUACGUUUCAUAAGUGGCGUGAGGGACGUGGUCGUGCUUCCACAUCAACAUGGGGAACGUCUCUCGAUGAUCCGGGCAUCCUGGCCAGAAGAGGACUUGAGGAGUGUUGAAGCAUCGUAUGUGGGGCUUCGGAAGGAGAAUGGUGGAGCCGUUCCGGGAGGCGGAAAUCAGGACAACCCAAAAGGCUGGCACAUCGGAGAGGCGAUGCUCUACGAACUUGACAGAAGGCAGCAAUCUCACAGAGGCAGGUUAGCUGCUGAGGGCUGUAAGCUGGUAGUUGGGGAUGUUGAAGAAGACGAAGCUGAAAGAGAACCAAUGCCAUAUGAUGUGCCCUCUGCAUCCCGGGACUUACAGUUGUGUCCAGUGUCUCAGGGCGUGACGGGGAUCACGUGCUCCCUUGAACGUGUAGCGUGGCGGAUGGGAGAGGCAGUUGAGGCCUGUGCUGAAGCCUUAGCCACGGAUCACCGAGCCAGAUGCAGGAUGCUUGAGACCCUGAUGGGUGGUGACGACUGUUGGCUUAGCAGUAUAGAGACUGGUUGGUUGGAUGAAGUCAAGACUCUAGAGAGGGAGCUUAAGGCAAUGCAAGGUUUUGAGGUCAGAGCAUUGCAGUCACUGGAAGAGACUGUGUGGAAACCUGGCUGCAACCCAGCAGUGCGAUCGAUUGAUAUGGCACCUGAUGCUUUACCAGAGGGUCCAGCCGAGCCAGUUGGUCCUCCCUGUAACGGGGCAACCCUGUCAGACCCUGAGGAUGUAGCACCUCUUCAGUCAAAGAUUAUUUCUCAGGAGCAAGUUCGCCAGGAGAUGCCUAAGUGGUGUGGGCCCUUGCAGGAAGAGUACGAUAAUCUAACUAAGGACUCAGGUACCGUUAGACCCCUUACGGACCAGGAGUUCUCUGAGUUGCUGAAUGAUACAUCAAUUGCCCUUGAGCUCAUCCCUGGGAAGGGGGUGUAUGUGCACAAGUCCACCGGGAAGAGGCGUGCGCGUAUCGUGUGUUGUGGUAAUCAUCAGAGCAGUGAGAGCCAUUCGAAGACCGAACUAUUUGCAUCGGGAAUAGGCGGGGAAGGAAUCCGUAUGCUAGUUCGUCGUGCAGCCUUGAUGAGGGGUUGGGACCUGGCUACCGCUGACGUAAAGGCAGCAUUCCUGCAAGCUCCGGUGAUCGCUGGUCAGUGCGGAGGCAAACCUAGGGUAAUAGUGGUGAAGGUGCCGCAGAUUAUGAGGGCAUCGGGUGUAUGUUCUGAGCGCUACUGGCUCGUACAGAAGGCAAUGUAUGGGUUAGCAGUCUCGCCCAAAUGCUGGGUUACCCAUAGGAACAAGGUGCUGCGUGACUUGAGAAUUCCCUAUAAGGGAGGCCAUGUCAGAUGCGUCCCAAUGCCGGCGGAUGCAAAUAUGUGGAAGCUACAGUUCGAGACUGAGGAGCUCGGUGGUGAUGGGGUGCCAGGUUCGGCUGCUCAGAUGCUGGGUCUACUUGGAUUAUAUGUUGAUGACAUCUUGACGGCGGGACCUUCAGAGCUGCUGAAGGCUGUAUUUGAGUCAAUGAAAUCUGCGUGGCAAUUAUCUACUCCCGAGUACUUGUCUGCUCCCGGCGACAGUAUGAAGUUCAGCGGGUUCCAAGUGGAGCGAACGGAGGCUGGAUACUUGUUGCAUCAGACAAGUUAUGUGAUGGACUUGUUGGAUCAAUACCGCGAGGACAUCACGGGGGAAGAGAUAGCUCCAGCAAUAAAAUCCUAUGAGAUCAGUGAGCUGAAGAGUGAUGAAGAAAGGCACACAGUGACAAAACGGGCUCAGACUUUGGUUGGUCAGCUUUUGUGGGUUUCGAACAGAACAAGGCCAGACUUGGCGUUUGGUGUGAGUAUGGCUGGACAGAAGAUUACGAGCAACCCUGCAGAAUCGUUGGCUAGAGCUGAACACCUGAUUCGUUACCUACGUCAUGCCCCAAGGAUGGGACUGUCCUACGGUUCAGCAAGUGGGCAAUGCGGAAAGUGGGAUCAACUGAAGUACCAAGAAGUUGAGGCCAGCAUUGAUGUGUUUACGGACGCGUCCUUCUGUGCCGAUGAACAGAGCCGAAGUUUUGGUAGCAUCCAUAUGUAUUGGGCUGGAGCUUUGAUUGCGUGGGUAUCAAGCAGACAAACAUUAAUUGCUUCACAUACGGCAGAAAGCGAGCUCUACUCCUUAGCGGAAGGACAUUUGUUGGGCAAGGCGAUGAGACCUACGGUUGCGGCACUGCUUGACGUGAAAGAGUCGGCUGUUGACUGCAGGUUGUACUGUGAUAAUGCGGCGGCGGUCCAACUGUGUGCUUUAGAAGCUGGAUCAUGGAGGACAAGACAUUUGAGGCUCCGUGGGGCUGUCAUCAGACAUGAUCUGGAAGAGGGGCUGUGGCAACUGUCGCAUUUGGAGGGAGUGUUCAUGCCAGCAGAUCUUGGAACUAAAGCUGUAGGGUCUGCUAGGCGCUUCCUCGGCCUCAAGUGGCUAGUCCGGGGAGUGUGGGAGUUGCGGUUGAUCACCUUCAGUCCGGGGGAGCCUUCGGCUUUUCCAAUUCAGUCAGAGGGGUUGGACUGGGAGCUAUCCCCACGGGCUGAAGAAGUGAUAAUACGAAGAUUUGCAAGCACCUAUGAGGACAUCUGCGAACAGGCAGAGGCGGUUGAUAGGGGUACUGUUCGAAUUCCGACGCCUGAUGAGCAGUAUGAUGCUGCGCUUGCAUACAUGGGAGCAUUGGUCGCCAGAUGGUUUAUGUUGAUGAUGUCGUUGAUGUGGAACAGGCUCGAGUCAUUCUCGAAGAAGUGGUGGCAGCAUUAUCGCUACGAGUCUGAUUGUGCAUUGGGAGCAUGUGUUUGCAUAAGAUGGGGUGGACUCCAUCGUGAGGUGACUCAGGACAUUGGGAGAGAAAAGAGUGACGAGGCUAGCACGCCAAGGCCACUCGACCCGGUAGGAAAGGAGCUCUGGGGGCUCAAGUAG